CUUUGACAGAUUACGUUUUUUUGUGAAGAAGUAUCUCUAUUUCAUCGGACUCGCUGAUAGUUUUACUACAGCGUAUCACAGACAACAAUUUUUAUGGAAUUUGAAUAAUAAACAUUCCCAGUAAAACAGGUUUUAAUUGUAAGAGCAACUAAGAAAAGUCAAUAACAUGUAGUACUUACUAAAUUUAUUCUAACUGAAAAAGUGAAUAAUGUUAAUUUACUGUCCCUUUUGAUGGGUUUUCUACAAUCUGUAAAAUGACAAAGACCCAUCACUGAGAAAACCAAAAACUAUUCCUUGAGAUGUUGGGAACAACAAGACUGACCAAAGUCCAGAGAUUGGUUCUUGGUAUUAUAGUUCUAUUGGUUGUAGAUUUGAUCUGGGUUGGAUCAUCAGAGUUAACAGAGUACCUGUUUAAGGAAGAAGACUUUAAUAAACCAUUUUUUACAACUUAUGCCAAGACUAGUAUGUUUAUGAUAUAUUUGUUUGGCUUCCUCUUUUGGGAACCAUGGCGAAGACAGUGCAGAAAUGGUGGAAAUUUACAUAAUUUAAUUUCCCAAGAUGACAACAUUGAAGAAGAAAGACCUAACAGUCCUGACACUAACCAUACUCUGAGUGAUCCAGUUUAUGUACCAGUUAGGAGGGGUGAGGAUAAGACCAGUGGCACAGAAUCUGAUGAUUGUAGUUUAUCAUCUGGGAAGUCAGUAAGGUUCAAUAAAGUCUCAGAAGUUAGACAUCUGUCAGAAACUUAUGCAGAAGAUGCUAAUCUUGCCAGAUUGUCCUAUUCUGCCUCACUGCUGGCAGAGGAGGCAAGGUUGAGAUCAAUGAGCAAAUUAUCUGUCAAACAAGUUAUGAAGUUAGCUUUAUUUUUCUGUAUAUUGUGGUUUUUUGGUAAUUUUUCCUACCAGCAAGCUUUGUUAGAUACUCAAGCAGGAGUGGUUAAUGUCCUGUCGUCUACGUCUGGAUUGUUUACUUUAAUAUGUGCAGCUAUAUUUCCAAGCUCAGGAGCAGACAGAUUUACAUUAUCAAAACUUGUAACUGUUUUAGUCAGUAUUGGUGGUAUUGUGAUGGUAAGCCUGGCUGAUGUAAAUUUGGAGAAAGGAGUACCAGCAGGAGCUCUAUGGGCUGUCUUUGGUUCAAUGCUCUAUGCUUUUUAUCUAGUUUCUCUUCGUAGAAAUGUUGACCAUGAAGAUAAACUAGAUAUUCCUAUGUUUUUUGGUUUUGUAGGAUUUUUCUGUGUGAUAUUUAUAUGGCCAGGCUUUUUCAUAACUCACUAUAGUAAAGAAGAAACAUUCCAAUGGCCUAAUGGAAAGCAAUGGCUCUUCAUAUGUAUAAAUGGAUUAAUAGGAACUGUUGUGUCAGAAUUUUUAUGGCUGUGGGGAUGUUUUCUUACGUCAUCACUCAUAGCCACUUUAUCACUGAGUCUCACUAUACCACUUACUAUGUUAGCUGAUGUUAUUUUUAAAGGAAUUCCAUACACUUGGUUAUUUUAUGUUGGAACUUUACCAGUUUUUAUUGCAUUCUUUGCUGUUAGUUUACUUACCCAUUACGAGAACUGGGAUCCUGUGUUAAUAGGCUGUAAAAAAGUUCUACACUGUAUCUGUAGGAAAAGAAUUCUACCAAGAUACAGAGAAGUGGACAGAGAACAAACAGAAAGUCUGAUAAAUGAAAACAAUGUCCAGUGAUAGGACUGACCACAGUGACCAGUGAUAUUAUUUAUGGACAGCAAAUAAUUAGUGUUUUUAGUUAUCUCACCAUACAUAAUGUCAGUGAUAACUUUCAAAGUUGUUGGGCAUACUAGUCAUGUUAUUUCAAGUUCACACAUAUUAUGCAAACAUACUGUAAAUUUAAUGUGUUAUAAAUAGUAUAAAAUGUAAAAAAUGGUGUUCACAAAAAUAAUCUAGUAUUGUUCUACUUAAGCAAGACUUGAUUGGAGAAUGUUUAACUGUAUUGUAUCUUCAAACAAGGCCAAGAAUGACUAUAAAGGUUGUCAGAGUCGCAUGAAAGAGUUGUGAAAUAACUUCAGGGGAAAUUGGCACUACUUCCUUAAGCUCAUUUUGAGUUUUUUUUUUUUUCAUUAAGGAUGUUAGCAACUGAAUUGAAAAGAAAACUAAUUUGAUAAAGUUUAUCUUUUGAAUAGAUAAUGUAUAGUACAACACAGUUAUAAAAUUUCUAGAAAUGUUCUGUACGCAACCAAGUCUUCAAAGUCUUAGGAUGAGUUGUAAACUACCAAAGGUUGCCAUUCUAUUGGCUUUAAGUAAAGUAUGGUUGAAAUUUCAUACUGAAGUUGUUUCUUUAUAGGAUAAAAAGAUUGGAUAUUAACCAUUUAGAAGUUAUACAUUUAUUGAGAAAGUACAAGCUUUAAUCCAAAAAAUUGUUUCCCCUUGGUAACAUGGGUCAUAGAUUAUUAUGAAACUUGGACAUAUUAAAGCUAAUCU